GUGAUCUCUCGCGAUGAUUCACACUUCUCGCACCUUAUGGCUCUGCUAAUCGGAGUAGCUGCUUUGAGUUCGGCUGGUGGUCGAAGUGGACCGCAAGAAUCAAAAACAAGGUUGUUGGAAACCCUGAACACCAGUUAUGUCAGAGUUGAGUGGGAAGGUCCAGACCGUGCUGGGUCUGGUGGAUCCAGACCAGCUGGGCCGCACCAUGACCCACGAGCACCUGACCAUGACCUUUGAGUGCUGCUACUUCCCUCCUCCUCCAGGCGAUGAGGAGGUGGCGGAGAACCCGUUCCAGAUGCAGCACAUGCACUGGCUGAGACAGAACCCCUACAGCUGUCACGAGAACCUGCUGCUGCAGCAGGAGACCGGCGCCGUGCGGGACGAGCUGCUGGCCUACAGGAAGGCCGGCGGGGGCACCAUAGUGGAAAACACCACCACGGGCAUCGACCGGGACCUGCCCACCCUCAAGCAGCUAGCAAAGGACACCGGGGUCCACGUCGUCGCAGGGGCAGGGUACUAUGUGGACUCCACCCACACGGAGGCCACCAAGAGAAUGAGUGUGGAGAAGCUCACAGACAUCAUCAUCAGCGAGGUGCUUCACGGCGCAGACGGAACAGACAUCCGCUGUGGCGUGAUCGGAGAGAUCGGCACCAGCUGGCCCAUCACGGAGAGUGAAACGAAGAUGCUGAGGGCCACAGCUCAUGCUCAGACCCAGCUCGGCUGCCCUGUCAUCAUCCAUCCCGGUAGGAAUCCUGCCGCUCCGGCUGAAAUCGUCCGGAUUCUUCAGGAGGCCGGGGGUGACAUCAGCAAAACUGUCAUGUCACACCUGGACAGGACUAUAUUUGAUGAUGGUGAACUGCUUGAGUUUGCAAAGCUGGGGAGUUAUCUGGAGUAUGAUCUCUUUGGAACAGAGAUGCUGAACUACCCGUAUAACCUGGAGGUGGACAUGCCCAGUGACAGCCAGAGAGUGAAGACCUUGGCGUUCCUCGUGAAGGAGGGCUACGACGACAAGAUAGUGGUUGCACACGACAUCCACACCAAGAACCGUCUCACCAAGUACGGCGGCCACGGCUACUCUCACAUCCUGAAGAACAUUGUGCCGAAGAUGCUGAUGAGGGGCAUCUCGCAGAACCAGGUGGAUAAGAUCCUCAUCGACAACCCAAAAUGUUGGCUGACCUUCAAAUAACGCAAAAAAGAGCGUUUUGAUGUAGCAAUUAUUUUAUCUCCAGAUAAUGACUAAACACCCCACAAUGAAUACUUUGAGAUUCUUUGCAAUAAUCACAUUCCCCACUCAUUUAUAAAUGUUUUUUCGGACCCUCAAAUCAAUGAGCGUUCAAUGUUUGUGCAUCAGUUUGUCUUUAAUGUCAAUGUUCUUACAUUUUUCAGCAAAGCAAAAUGUUUUAUAACUUUGUCUUUCCAAUGGAAAAUACUGUAAUUACAGGCUGUUGUUUCAUCCAGCUUAAAUAGUUUUUACAGAGGCCCUAAUUAAUUAAAAUGUGAGUUUAUGUGUGAUUAUACAUUAUUCACUUUGUAAGCAAAUAAUAUGAAGGAGUCUCGCAGGAUCACAGUGCCUCUCAUUAGCAGUCUUGUUUUGGUCCCAUUUAUGUCACACAAAAAUAGCUUCUUGCCAGCAGAAAUGUGAAUGCAAUCUAAAACUCUUUCUCUGGAGGUGUUGUCUACAGUGGUGCUCACUGCUCACAAAUAUGGUGCUAAUUGAUUUUUCAAUGUUGCUUUCUUUGUAUUCGUAAGUGGCAUUUCUGCAAAUGACAAGGACAAUAACGAGCGCGGUAGUAAUCAGUAUGCCGCUCUGCUCUCAACAUAAUGCGGCUGUGUUGGAUGAGUUGUCCUGUUGCCCCUCAGUGGGUGUCUAUGGGAGGCUGACUGGAUGAAGGACAUGUUCUCCUCUCAUCUGGGAACAGGUGGCCUUACAGGGUGACUUCACCACAUGAUCAAUGGCAUGAUCGCCACAAGUGACUGUGCGCCGUGAAAAAACAAUAUAACUUUGAUUAAUCUUCCGAGAGGAUUAAAAAGUUACAAGAUUUAAUUUGACAUGUCACAUUAGCUGACAGUCUUCACAAUCAGCAGGCAGAUCGAUGUAUGUCGAGGAAACAUUUAUGUCAGCGUGACUGUCCAGUUUGGUGAUGAUGACUAACCACCAGACCACCCUGUUGCCCCAACCAGCUGUCCUAUUGAGAGAAAAUGAAUUACAAUGAUCAUUUUGUGAUAGUGCUUCAAUAUGAACAUUAUAAUGGCCUUUGACACAUUCUUUGAAGUGUUUUGAUGCUGCACGGUGUUUACGUCAUAUUUAUAAUCAUGCAUCACUACGGCUUUUAACAUUUUCACUCAAAAAACAGCAACUAUCUAAUAGUUUUAAAAAAUAAAGCACACAUGGACUAAUAACA